UACAACGUCGCUCCAGCGAUCAGUCAUAAAUGUUGGCAGCCAGAAUGCGUUUCGUGCAAUAUUUGCGUAAAGGUGACCUCGCCAAACGUCUUGGCCUGCUUGCGGAAGAUCAGAAAUCUCUGGUCGAGCUGUCCGGUGUCGAUGGUUUGCCGUGUGAUCUGAAAACAUUGAUUGCACAAAGUCCCAAUCUGGAGGAGCUUGCGCAAAAGGCUCAAAAGCAACCGAAGUUGGAUAUAAACGAUGACGUCACUCUGCUGCCACCACUCACGGAUCCGGGUAAAAUCAUUUGCAUUGGCCUUAACUAUAAGGAUCACUGCGAUGAGCAGAAUAAACCGGCACCCAAGGAGCCCAUGUUCUUCAGCAAGUACAACAACACUUUGGUCGGACCCAAAGAUAAUGUCAUAGCCCACAAAUCAUCUGAUAAAAUCGACUGGGAAGUGGAGCUGGUGGUCGUCAUUGGCAAGGUCGCUCGCAAGGUGGCCAAGGAGCGGGCUUUCGACUACGUCUUUGGUUACAGCGUUGCCCAGGACAUUUCCGCCCGUGACUGGCAGAAGGAGCGCAAUGGUGGACAAUUUCUGUUGGGCAAAUCUAUGGAUACCUUCUGCCCACUCGGUCCGGCCGUGGUGCACAAGAGCCUGAUAAAGGAUGUCUAUGAUCUGCCGCUGAAAACAUGGAUCAAUGGCGUGGAGAAGCAAAACGGCAACACGGGCAACAUGAUCUAUAAGAUUGACGAUGUCAUCAGCAGGCUGACGGAGACAAUUACAUUGCUGCCUGGCGACAUUAUCUUGACGGGCACACCCAAGGGCGUUGGCAUGCACCGCAGUCCGCCAGAGUACCUUAAGCCGGGGGAUGUCAUCAAGACGGAAAUUGUCGGUGUGGGCACCAUGACCAACAAUGUUGUGGCAUCUUAAAAAGAACCCCAAUAAAUGAAUUGUUAAUACUGUUAUUAAAAUAAACAAUGUUUUGCAUUUAAUCAAUUAU